AUGGCGCGAACGUUUGACGAAAGUGAUCCAUCAUGCCUGCAGAACUGGGCACAGAGGAUGAAUUUAGAAUUCUAGUGGCAACAGAUAAUCACCUAGGGUACCAGGAGAAGCAUGGAGAAAGAGGCAGUGACAGCAUGACCACAUUUGAAGAGAUUCUGCAACUAGCCCAUGAAAAAGAAGCAGAUUUUAUAUUGCUUGGUGGGGAUCUCUUUCAUGAAAAUAAGCCAUCUCGAAACUGUGUGAUACAAUGUUCACAACUCCUAAAAAAGUAUUGUCUUGGUGACAGACCAGUAGCAUUUGAAUACCUGAGCGACCCCAGUCAGGAUUUCUGCAUGCAGGAGCCCCGGGUGAAUUUUCACGACCCCAACCUUAACAUCGCGAUGCCCGUGUUCUCCAUCCAUGGCAACCACGACGACAUCAGCGGGCUGGGUGACACGGCUGCCCUUGAACUGCUCUCCGUGGCGGGACUCAUCAACUACUUCGGCCGCUGGACCGACCUCAAGUCUGUCCGGCUGGCGCCCGUGCUGCUGCAGAAGGGCCAGACCAAGCUGGCGCUGUACGGGCUCGGCAACGUCCGGGACGAGCGGCUGCACCGCAUCUUCACCGGCGGCAACAGGAUGAUGGGCAGCUCGGUGGCCACCUCGCUGUGCGACGCCGAGGCCAAGCCGAAGGCGGUCGGCCUGCUGACGGUGCGCGGCAAGGAGUUCCGCAUGGAGUCCGUGCCGCUGCGCACGGUGCGGCCGUUCGUGUUUCGCACGCUGCGGCUUUCGGAGUGCGCCAGCCUCGACCUCACCGUGCGCGACGUGUCGGCGGCCGUGCAGCAGUACGUCGCCGCCUACGUGGACGACCUGCUGCUGGAGGCGGAGGAGCAGCUGACCGGUCACGAGAAGCAGCCGCGCCGCCCGCUGGUGCGCCUGCGCGUGGAGUACUCGGAUGAGAACCAGGUGUUCCAGGGCGUGCGCUUCGGCCAGAAGUACUCGGACCGGGUGGCUAAUCCCGAGGACAUGAUCAUGCUGAAGCGGGAGCGCACCGAGGCGGAGGCGCGCGCCGACGCCGUGGACGGCGGGGCGAUGGCGGCCGUCGUGCAGCAUGAGGAGAUGCGGGUCGAAGAUUUCGUGGUGCAGUACUUCGCGCAGCUGGAGGAGGGUGCCGGACUGCACGUGCUGGAUGAGCGAAAGAUGGGCGUGGCUGUCAAUCGCUUCGUCCUCAAGCAGGAGAUUGGUGCAAUCAGCGACGUUGUGAAGCACCAGAUCAAGAGGGCGGUGGCCGAGCUGCAGGCGCGCAGCCCGCUCGAAGUCAGCGAGGCGAACGCGCGGGAGGAGCUGGCCAGGGCCCGCGAGGAGCGCGCGCAGAAGAAGCUGGAGAAGAUGAACGGCAGUGGAGCCACCGCCGCCACCGCCGCCACCGCCGACAAGCUCAGGGCGGAUUCGGACGAAGAGGAGGAAGAGAUGCGCGGCGUGCUAGAGGGCGGCUCUCCGCCGCCGCCGCCGCUGCCGGACGUCGCUGCCGUCACCAUCAUCUCCGACUCUGACUCGGACGACGUGAUGAUGCCGGACGACCCACCAGCACUGUAG